AUGCAGCGGCAACCAACCGUGCAGCCGCCUGAUACUGGAAGUUUUGACCCACAGCCAGCGUAUCAAGACCUCGAGGUCACAGUUCAGCGAAUGAACAGGAUCUGUGACCAGAUGCAACAAUCGAUGGGCCGGUUUGGCCUCAGCCAUUCAAGCAGGUCCUGCCUGCAACGAAGAAAAGGUGACCAGCAAACACCCCGGCUCAGCAAACCCCUCGCCCUUACGGAUUUCCAACACAACUUGUGUCUUACACGAGAUGCUAUGAAAGCAAAGGGCCUGCCAUCUUCUUCACACUCCCAAGAUAACCCUUCCUCGGUCGCUGGAGACGCAUUAAAAUCUGCUGACACUUUGAUCAACUUACUGCAAACCGCACGACCCAUUCUGGAACUCGGUCAUGAGAGGGUCACUCAGAUCUUCACAAUAUUUAAGGACGAAGUCUACCCUCUGUAUCCUUGCAUCAGCUUAGAGCUGGGCUAUGAAGCUGUCAACGCUGUCUUUUCACUUGGGACAGAUUGUUCCUACGAAGUUACUUCGAACAUGGACAUAAUUGACAUUGAGAUCACAAAAGCGGUUGUAGCAAUUGCCUUGCUUCUUAAGGAUGAUAAAGAGAACCUACUAGCCUCUGACCUUGAAUCCCAGUUGGUGUGGGGCGUGGAUUCUUGCCUCGAUCAAGUGAAGCCCCAGGUUGAGGAUAUCGUUAUGGCGACUUUGCUGGAACCAGAAGAGUCGUAUAUAUCAACCAUGGUAUCCUUGGACAGAAAUCUUUCGGAGAUAUGGACUCUCGUUAAUGCUCGGUCGUCUCAAUCCAACAAUAAUGAGGAACAGAUUGAUUUCCUUGAUUUUCAACUACAAAAGCUUGUUGAAAAAGUGCCGACAGAAGACUUCAAGCCCCUAGAGCCAACGGUAGUUUCACCACCAUGGCUACAGGCUGGUCUAAAACGGUUUUACUGGCUUCGCGUGCAUCACAUCAGGAUUCUUAUAAAGGCUGGCACCUCCGGCUCAAUAAGCGAUUCAGUCUCUAACCCCAAAUCUACUAGAACCCUCGUGGCUGCAGCCGCGCAAUCGGUCGAGAUGCACGUGGAAAUGGUCAAUGCUGGCGAAAUCAGUCCGCUUAUGUUGCCUACGGCUAUCAAACUGCUCCUGAUCUCUCUAUCCGUUAUGCUGUUUGCCGUCUCCCACUUUCCUGAGGACUACGGAUCGCGAUAUAGCAAGCAUUUCCAAACUGCUAUUGAUAUACUUAGUGACGUGCAGACCUCUGUCAAAGACCCGGACCUGAAUAUCCCGGGUACCUUAGAGGUACUAGAAAAGGUUGCUGACACGAGUCGGAUAUCACACUCGCGACGGCCGACGUCCUUGGUCAAUCACAAGGAAGGCAGCAGCAACGUCGUUUAUCGUGGAGAGGCCUUCGAUGAAGGGGGUUUGUUCGAGGAACUGCCCACGUUGGACUCGGAAUUAUUCUCCAUGUUAAGAGACUUCAGUGCAGCAGCAACUGAUAUAUCAGGUGUCGACAAUAUCUUUGGCUAA